CACAGGCAGUGCCAACAGCAGUGAUCCUGUCUCUCCUCUCUAACACCAUCUAGAAGGCAAAGUCCAGCUGCAAAUCUCCAGCUGCAGGAUUUUUUAGAGAUACCCCCUUUUUUUUAAUGAACAUUGACUGAUUUUCCCAGAAGGAUAAUGGGUGUACAGGAUUAUAUUUGCAUCACUAUGACUGGAGGGGCACCUUGGGGUUUCAGACUUCAGGGUGGCAAAGAAGAAAAGCAGCCUUUGAAGAUUGCCAAGAUUCGAAAUAAAAGCAAAGCAUCCAAGGCUGGGUUAUGUGAAGGAGAUGAAGUGAUAUCUAUCAAUGGCAACCCUUGUGCUGAGUUGACUUAUUCUGAAGUUCUUCUUCUGAUGGAAGGCCUGACUGACACUCUUCAAAUGCUUAUCAAAAGAUUCUCCAAUGGGACAAAUGAAACUUUAAGUCCUGAACUAGAAAAUGAAAAUCUCACUGACAUUAAAAAUAAGGAAUAUAAAGAAAGCACAACCCUACAAAUCAGAACAGCAAUGCCAAGUUCCCAUCAGGAAUUGCAGAUCAUAGUGCCAACUGAGGAAACACUCCCAACAAAUACAGAACAAACUAUUGUGGAUUUUUCUGGAGCAAAGCAAGAAAUAAUCCCCUGCUACAAAAUCCCUCCCAAAGUGAUCGAAGCCCCUAAAGUACACUGCACAGAGGCGUCUGCCUUCACUGGAGGCAAGCCUGGCUCUACAGUUGAGUUACAGUUGUCCUUUCCACCUGACAGGAAUAAAAGCAGCAGCACUGGUCUGACUGUUGUGGAGGUCCAAGAGAGCAAGCCCCUGGAGACAGGGUCGGUCCUAACACAAAAAGCGACUAGCUGGGUAAAAGAGCCUUCUGCCCAGUGGACAGGCAAGAUAGUCCAGAUUGUUGGUGGCAAAGAGAUCCAAGGGACUCAUGAAUAUGAGAGAAAGGAACCCUCUCUAACUAAGAUUGAAGUGAUUCUGGACUGUUCUGACCAGGCAAAAGAAGCAUCCAAGUUUCUAGCCGAAAAGGGGUGUGUAGAGUCUCAAGUGGAAGGAGGGCAGUCAGAAGCACCUCCUUCUGUAGUCUCCUUUGGAAUCUCAUCAGAAGGCACAGAGCAGGGGGAAGACGAACAGCCCUCUGAAAAGGAACCCAGCAGACCUCACAAACACCGGGCAAGGCAUGCCAGGCUGAGAAGGAGUGAGAGCCUAUCAGAGAAGCAGGUGAAGGAAGCUAAGUCUAAAUGUAAAAGUAUUGCUCUCUUACUGACAGCAGCUCCAAAUCCCAAUUCCAAAGGAGUGUUGAUGUUUAAGAAGCGUCGCCAAAGGGCCAGAAAAUAUACCUUAGUUAGCUACGGCACUGGGGAACUAGAACGUUACGAAGACGAAGGUGAGGAAGACGAAAGUGAAGAAGGUGAGAAGGAGAACACUUUUGAAGUAACUUUAUUUGGCACAAGUGAGUCAGAAAUUGAUGAAGAUUUCUUCUCUGACCUGGAUAAAGAAGAACGGAUUGUGACAUUUGAUUGGGAUACUGGACUACUUGAGAUUGAGAAAAAAAACAAACGUGGGGACGAGAUGUCACAGCUGCUUCCAGAGACCAAGGGCAAAGGGGCACUCAUGUUUGCCAAAAGACGUCAAAGGGUAGACCAGGUCACUGCUGAACAAGAAGCAAUGAAGAUGCAGGGUAUGCGUAGAAUUGAGGCACACCGAGAGGCCACUUCAACAGACGCCACCCAAAAUAUGAGUUCUUCCUUUUAUCAACCAAAACAAGAAGACUCUGCCAGAAUGCAGAAAAGCCACAUAAGCAAAAGCUACAUAGAAAUGAACCAUAGUCCUAGGACAAUAGUUCAGCAAAAUGGUAUCAGGGUUGUCCCAGAGAUAAAUAUGAUACAUCCACCUCCAGAAGCUGUUAGCUCACCUACUUCAAACAGAACAGCCAAGCCUUUCCCUGGUGUUCAGAACAGAGCAGCAGUUCCAUUUUCACCCCCAAGAAGCAUGGUUGCUCUUCCCUCUGAGCUACCUGCUCCACCUCCUUAUACUUCAAUUAGCCCACCACCUGAAGGAUUAUAUAGAACUGUUUUGACUCCAGUGGCCACAAGCAUGACUCAGUCAACAUUGUGGUCUCCAACAGAAUCAACAGAGCAGAUUGCAUCCAGGGAUGAACGGAUUGCUGUGCCUGCAAUAAGAACUGGAAUAUUACAGGAGGCCAAGAGAAGAAGCACUGCAAAGCCUAUGUUUACAUUUAAAGAAGCGCCCAAAAUGAGUCCAAAUCCUGCUCUUUUGUCUCUCGUACAGAAUACAGAAGGCAAAAAACCUGCCACUGGUGGCUUUGAAUCAGGUCCUGAAGAAGACUACCUCAGUUUGGGAGCAGAGGCCUGCAAUUUCAUGCAUAUCCAGGCUGCCAAACAAAAGAUCCCACCCCCAGUUGCUCCCAAACCCUCAGUAAAGGUUUCUCCGACUGCCACAACACCUAUUUCACCAGUCUGGUCACCUCCCAUGGUGGCUGUUACUCAAGCUCCUAUCUUUCCAGUUCCCAAAUCUCCAGAAGUAACAAGCCCAGCAGCCAUCAAAGUAGCACAACCAGUUUAUCCCCCUCCACAGCCUCCACAACCUCCACAGCCUCCUAAUACUCUUAACCUGGAGUCUUCCUUUAAGGGUGCUCAAGUUUCACCACCCCAGCAAAAUUAUACCCCCAAAACAACACCCAUCACUCCAUUAGGAAAUGCUGUUCUUGCUGGUGGAACGGGGCCAGCUUUUGAGAUGCCCCCAGCACUGAGUGGUAAGGGGGCUCAGCUCUUUGCUAAAAGGCAAUCACGGAUGGAAAAGUAUGUAGUAGACUCAGAAACCGUGCAGGCCAAUCGGCCUCGGCCUUCAUCCCCAACUCCAUCAUUACCAGCAUCUUGGAAAUACUCAUCAAAUGUUCGAGCACCACCCCCUGUGGCUUAUAAUCCAAUCCAGUCUCCAUUUUAUCCUCUUGCUGCUACCAAAUCUCAGUCACAGCAUCCUGGAGCUACCAAAACUACUAAGAAAAAAUCUAAGAAACAAUUAAGUUCCUUAGAAGUGAUGAAGCAUCAGCCAUACCAGCUUAAUGCAUCUUUAUUUACUUUUCAACCUCCAUCUGAUACUAAGGAAAAUCUUCUUCCCAAACAUCCUUCAAAGAUUGAUUCAGUGUCUUCCUUAAAACAAGCUGUACCAUCAAGAGUACUCAAUGCUGGUUCUCCCUCUAAUGUUCAAGCUUCUUCAGUAUAUUCUGUACCAGCCUACAGUUCACAACCAUUCUUCCCAUCAAAUGCUUCUAGUCCUGUAAUUGAGUCCUAUACAUCAACGGGCUGCCCUACAUUUUUGAAGCAAGAACCAGCAGCGUCUCCUGUAUUUUCUGUUCCCAAGCCAAAAUUCUCAGCCAAGAAAGUUGGUGUCACAGCACAGGAAAGGGGCGAUGGACGAUCUUUAUCAGUUCCUGGAUGGGUACCUUCCACUUCUUCCAGAUCCAUGUCCCCAGUUUCUCCUGUGAUGUUCCAAUCCACUCCUGAUUAUAUUACCAAAGCACCAGCAGCAGUUGACAAGCCUGGGAAAAGGCUGACCCCUUGGGAAGCAGCAGCUAAGUCUCCCCUUGGAUUUGUGGAUGAUGCUUUUGGUCCCCAAACCAUUCAAGAAUCUAUUGUUGCAAAUGUCAUGUCAGCAGCUCGUAGGAAAACAUUAUCUACACCACCUGAUGACUGGAAGACAAAGAUGGCUUAUGAGCAUCCAGCUCCAAGUGUCCAUGCUAAAUUAGCUUCACUUGGAAGGAGCUAUUCAGUGGCCACAUUACCUGCCAAGAUCUCAAUGUCUGCUCCUAGCUCCAUUGGGCAUUAUGGUUCCCGUCUACAGCCUGCAUAUUGUAGCCAACAUGUCCAAACUGAUCCUGGUAUGAUCUCCAUGGAAUCCAGGUCUGAUUACUGUCUAUCAAUGUCUGACUCCAAUUAUAAUCCACAUCCAAAAGGAUGGAGGCGUCAAACAUGAAUAGCAAAUGCUGUAGUUUUCUUCCUUGAAGGUCUAGAAUUAGAAUGAGAAGUGUGAAUAGAUGUUUUCUGGCCUGGUAAAAUCAAGAUUUAUCUAGAAUGGGACCCAGUGCUCAUGAUUUGUCAGUAUUAUAAAAGACAUUGAUCCCAGAUUUUCUUUGCCUUGUAUGUGUUUGUGUGUGCGUGUGCGUCCUUGAGAGAAACAUGCAUAACAGACAUAGAAUGAAAUCUAGUUUAUAAAAAAGCAAAUCACAACAUGGUGUUUUGAUGUGCUUCCAUAUGUGAAAUUUUAAACUCGGAAGGUUAUAAUUGUGCAAUAUCAACACCUGUGAGUUAUCCAAUUAAUCAUUAUAAAAAUGUAAUCUUAGGGGACAUGAAAACAGUUAUUUCCUUUUGUUUCUUAGACAAGCCUACUUAUGAUUAACUAAGUGUCUAUUUGUACCACUGGAUAUGUUGUGUUUUGGUCUUUGUUAUUGGCUAUGCAAAUAUUAUUCUUAACCGAAAGAGAUCAGUUGCAUUGUUUUUAUCUUUCUGAGACUCAACUAGGAAUUUUUUUUCUUAACUGGUUAGGGAAAGAUACUGUAAGUUUCAUUAAGCUGAUACUUAAAAGUUUUCUAGCUUGAGAGACACAUUUCAGUGGUUGAACACAGAUUUUGCUUUCAGAAGGUCCUAGAUGAAUUCUUAGCAUUUUUAAUUAAAAACCUUAGGUAGCAGUUGAAGGGAAAAUCUUCUUGCUGAGAUUCUGGAAAGAAGCUGUCAUCUGAAUAGACAAUAUUACCUUCUUGAAGGCCUCUACAAACUCAUGUUAUGCUCACUCAUUCCAAGUGGUUUUUUUUUUUGCUUAUGUUACCAGCUUAGGGAAACAGAUCAGCACAAAUGUCCUCAGUGUCAGAAAAUCAUUUUUAUGACUGGAGGUAUAACAACAAAAGUGCAAUUAGAAAUGAAUAACAUACAAUAUAGCAGAUGACAAGAAAUGGAAAGACAUUAUAUUUCCUCAACUCAGUUUGUGAUGUAAAUCAGAGCAUAAGUGAAUCAGAAUCAGAGUAGAGCUGGAAGGGACUUUGGAAGUCUUUUAGUCCAGCCCCCUUCUCAAGCAGGAGAUCGUAUACAUUUCAAAUAGGUGGCUGUGUGGUCUUUUCUUAAAAACCUCCAGUGAUGAAGCACCUACAACUUCUGAAGGCAAACUGUCUGGUUAAUUGUCCUCACUGUUAUGAAGUUUCUCCUUAAUUCCACGUUGCUUCUCUACUUGAUUAGUUUCCGUCCAUUAUUUCUUGACUUGCCCUCUGGGGCUUUGGAAAAUAAAUUGACUCCUUCCUCUUUGUGGCGGUCUCUAAAAUACUGGAAUACUGCUAUCAUAGCCCUCCUAGUCCAACACAAGUAUAUUAUAUAAAUAUAAAUGGACAACUUGUAGCUUCUAGAGAGUGAUACACUGCAAUCCCAGCUUCUCUCACAUUGGUCAUGCUAGCUACUCUGAAUUAUAAAUCAUCAACUUCUGCAGGAUCACAGUUAUUUUAUCACUGCCUUGGAAUAUAUUAUUACUGAUUGCACUCUGACUGCAAUACAAUAUACUACAAUCCUGGAAAUUUAAAUUCAUUUCAUUUGCUUCUUUGUUUUAGACUUUAGCUAUGUUUUAAUUUCUUUCUAAAAAAUUAUAAUUAGAUAUUCCAAGAGCAAAUAAAAUAUGAUGAUACCUCUUUUUACAUAUAAAGGUUAACAAAGCAGAUUCUAAUAUGUUCAGUGUUUCCUAAAUAAGAAAGGGAGAAAUGACCUUUUUUAAAAAAAAAAAAAAGUCCUCGAUUUACAACAGAUCAUUUAGUGACCAUUCACUACAAUGGUGCUGACCAUUUUUCACACUUACGACCAUUGUAGCAUCCCCAUGAUUUACAUUCAGAUGCUUGACAACUGACUCAUAUUUAUGAUGAUUGCAAUGUCCUGGGGUCAUGUGAACCCCUUUUGCAAUUUUCUGACAAGCAAAGUCAAUGGGAAACCAGAUUCCUUAACAACUCUGUUACUAAUUUAACAACUGCAGCAAUUAACUUAACAAAUGUGACAAGGAAAGUCAUAAAAUGGGUCAAAACUCAUUAACAAAUUAACAAAUUUCUCAUUUAAUGACAUCAUUUGGGCUCAAUUGUGGUCAUAAGUUGAGGACUACCUGUAUUGGGUCUUCAUUUCUGCAGCUAGAAUCUGAUGAAUGUUAACUCAGGAGCAAAUACCAUUAAAUUCAAUGGUAUUUUCUAUUAAGGAUUAAGGUUACAGUCUAUCUUCAUACUGUCUGGUAUAAUUUAUUCCUUUCUAAAGAACAAUACAACUUUUCUAAAAGGAGGAAACUUACAUUAUUGUAAAUUGGUUAUGCAGUUUAUGUUUUGGUGCCAACGUCACUCUUUUUUUCUAGCUCAGUAUCUGAAAUACUGUUUCAGUAAAGAUGCUGGCUUUUUAAACUUUAAGAGAGCCAAGUUUGCAGACCCCUGGGCUAGUCAAACAUGCCGAGCACUUGAAAAACAUUAUUCUCAUAACCAGCACAAAGAAAGAUGAAGCAUGAGGGAAAAAGCCAUUCAGGAUGUAGAUAUAAACUAGUUACAUGCCUCAGUGUAUAAGUAAAGUAAAGCUCCUAUGUAGGAAAACAAAACAGAUUUUUUUUCCUAGCUAAGAGUUUUCCACCAGCUACUGCAUGAAGAACCCCAGUUAAAUGAGUUGCAAGCCACAGUUCAAUGAAUAUAUGUAAUGGACUCUUUAUCCUGACUAAUCAACAUUCUGUCACCAUAUCAAUCCUGAAAGCAACUGCUUUUGGCCUCAAGGCAAUCUUGGGUUACCUUAGGUAUACAAUACAGAAUGUGACAGAAUGUCAUUCAGGAUGUAUGGAGCUCUCCAAAUCCUUCUCUGGAACCUCUUUACAUAUUCAUAACUGAAUACACAGAGAGGGAUUUUGUUUGAAGAAAAAUAUGCAGUUGAGAAUAUAGCAAUUUCCUUUAUUAUGGUAAGAGAUACCAUUUAACUUUGUAAGCCACCCAGAGGUAUGGCAAUCAGAUGGACAUUUAAUAUAAAUUUAUAUAUUUAAAUUUAAUAAAUAAAUAAAUAAAUAAAUAAAUAAAUAAAUAAAUAAAACAAGACCUCACCAUAUUCUGAAAGGUAAAUAAAAAUGUUCUUCUUCAUGAAAUCAACUGAGUUUAAAAACAUUUUGCAAUGCUUUUAGGGCUAAGCUUUCUUUUUAUUAGUUUUAUUAUUUUAAAUGUGGUUUUAUCUUCUUUAAGCCGCCAUGGGCGAAUAGGUGUGGCAAUACAAAUUCAAUAAAUAAAUAAAAUAAAUAAACUAUUGUGACUUACAGUUUCAUUUUAGUAGCAGAAAAACAGAAAUGAUAAUUUCAAGUGUAAACAUGGUAGGCUAUUUUCAGAAUACCACUGUUUAAGAAUGGCAUGGAAGAUUUGGUAUAUGAAGAAAUUAUGUGUAGUCAUAUGGAGGGAAUGACUUGAGGAUGUCCUGGUAGGUAAUGUAAGAGGAAAGCAAUGGUAUGGAUUUCAGUAAAAAUGAGUAGGAGACAUAUGUUGCAAUACUUAUGAGAUAUGUAAGCCCUUUGGUGACUAGGGAAGUUGCAGGCUUUUUGUGAAAUACUUAUGUUGUAAGGCAGUGAAUCACAUUCUCCUGGAUCCCUAGUACUGUAGAUCAGUGUUUGUCAUAUGCCUGAGGUUUUUUUUUUUUAUGAGCAGAGGCUAUAGAGCAAGAAUGAUUUAGCUUAUAGGAAAUGUGUUUUUGGAUAAAAGUAAGUGUUCUGUGGUUUGUGGGUAGCUUCAAGAAACUCAUUAGGAAAGCAUAUAUAACUUAUGGAUUAGUUUAAGCAAAAGAUUUGGUUUUAACCAUCUGAGUCACUUUGAUAUCAAGGCAAUCAUUUUUAAAUGACAGUGUGAUCCCUAGAAUUCUGAUAAUUUUUUAUAAGAAUAGAAUAGAAUUCUUCAUUGGCCAAGUGUGAUUGGACACACAAGGAAUAUGCACCAAAGAACAAAAAAGAAAUACAUUCAUCAAGAAUCAUAAGAUACAACACUUAGUGAUAGUCAUGGGUUACUAAAUAAGCAAUCAAAUCAUACUAGGAAACAAAUAAAACAAUAUAAAUCGUAGAGAUACAAGCAACAAGGUUAUAGUCAUAAAUGGGAAGAGAUAGGUAAUAGGAAGUAUAAGAAGAAUAGUAAUGCAGUCGUAGUAAAUAGUUCGACAGUGUUGUGGGAAUUAGUUGUUUAGCAGAGUGAUGGUAUUUGGGGGAAAAACUAUAAUAAUAAUAAAAAAAUCAGAAGUUAACAUAGAAUUUGUGGGAUAUAUAUAUCCUAGACUUUCCAGAAAUGUUAAUUUGUUUUAAUCUGUGAUUCUACUUUUACCAUAUAAGUGAUGUGUUACUUUUUUAUUGACCUCACUGGAAUGUCAUCAAGUCUGAUUGCAAAGUUUUACCUUUUUCUUGGCUGCAAUUAAUCAUUUUCUGAAAAUAAAAAUAUUUUCUAAAUUUAAAAGAAAUUUAGCUUUGAUGGUUCAAAGCACAAAAUAAUAUCUGAUCUCAACAUAGAUUACUAUGCUUUCUGGUUUGAAGGAAGAAGAUAAUUAUUUUCUUUCUUCAUCUGAAAAGCAGGAGAACUGCCAAAGAACAACAGGUGACGCGGUUUACCUUUCCUAAACUCUCAAUUUCUUAUUUUUGCUAGGAAUUAAAGAAUCAAUGUAGCCUUUGGUUCCGGAAUGAGUUUCCUGUUACGCCUUAAAGGAACACAAUGGUGGUUUUAUAUUUGUUUGCAUAUGCAUUUGAUUAUUAGAUCCACCAUUAGAACAAUAAUUGGGGUGUUGAAAAUUUAAGCCUACCAUGACUAUAACAGACCAAAGAAUGUCAUGAGUUAAGUAGAGGGUUGAGUCUUUCUAAGUAUCAUGUGACAGGAAGAGACUGAGGGUUUGCUUCAUUUAUCCUAAUGAAACUACUCUGAUUAUUCUGUGGUUUGAUUGAAACUGUUCUUCUCUUUCUCUAAGACAGUGGUCUCCAAAAGUGAUAAUUUUAAGACUUGUGGAUUUCAACACCCAGAAUUCCCCAGCCAGCCAUGAAGUCCACAAGCCUUAACAGUUGUCAAGUUUGGAGACCCCGGCUCUAAGAGAGAACUAGCUGUAUUCUAAGAAGUUAGUCUGACUAUUGUCACUAUGCUGUGACAGAAAAGCUUGAGACAGGAAUAACCCUUAUUAAGGCAAACUCAAACAAAUUAAGAAGUUAAAUUUCUGACUGCAGAUUAAUGCAUUUUUUCAUGGCAGUUUUCUUUAAAGUUAAAAGAAUAAAAAAUGAAGAUCCAAAGAAGAUGACAGUACUAAAACAAUAUGUAGAAAUAUGUAGAAAUGUACAUACUUAUAUAAGAGCCCAUAUAUAGAACUAAAUAUCUUUUCUUUUAUGUACACUGAUAGAAUAUGCACCAAGACAAAUUCCUUGUGUGUCCAAUCACACUUGGCCAAUAACAUAUUCUAUUCUAUUCUAUUCUAUUCUAUUCUAUUCUAUUCUAUUCUAUUCUAUUCUAUUCUAUUCUAAAUAAACUAAAGAGCUGCGGUGGAGCAGUGGUUAGAGUGCAGCACUGCAAGCUACUUCUUCUGAUCGCUGGUUUCCAGCAGUUCGGCAGUUCAAUUCUUACUGGCUCAAGGUUAAGUCAGCCUUCAUCCUUCCAAGGUCAGCAAAAUGAGGACCCAGAUUGUUGGGGCAAUAUGCUGACUCUGUAAACAGCUUAGAGAGGAGUGUAAAACACUGUGAAGCAGUAUAUAAGUCUAAGUGCUAUUGCUAAUAGAACUCUCUAAGAUUGCAGUUCUCAGUGUAAUUUAAUUCCAUUAGGAUAUGAAUAUAUAUAUUACAUAUAAAAAUUUCUACUUUUCAUAUUGAUAGAUUCUUACCACUAUUCCAAUGCUGGUUUGAGUGUUAGUACAGUUCCAUUAGCUUUAGAAAAAUAUUUAUUUGUUUCUUACUAAAUAUUUCUCUCAGAAAGAGGAAACAAUGUUUAUUUUUCUUCAUAUAAGCAAAAUGUAAAUUUGCCCUGCUUCUGAAAAUACAAAUAAAUGAGAUGUAAAAACCAGUUGUUUACCCUCUAUCCAUUUUACUUUUGUACAGAUUGAAUAUUAUCUGUGGCAGUCCUUCUCUUAAGAAAAAAAUAGUAUUUUGAGAUUUGCAUUGAUUUGUAUUUUAUUCCUAAAAUGUGUGGUAAUACAUUUGUACAGCAUUCAAACAAAAAUAUGGAGGCACUUUCUACUCUUGUGUUUUAUAUCUGAAAAAUAAACUGAUUUAAAUAUUCUACUGUAGUAAAAGAUCUUACCUAGAUCUCAUCCAUCUACUGACAAAUAUAUAGAAAUGCAUCUUGUAAGAUUCCUAUUGUGAUUCAGAAGGAAUUCUCAUAUAAGAAAUCACAUUAGUAAAAGUUUAAUUUGCUUGCUAAGAUUUACUGUAUAUUUUUCUCUGAUUAGGAACAGCAAGCUGGACUGCAAAAGGUUAAGCUACCAUUUGAUGGCAGAAAUGGAGUUUAUUUGGAAUUAUGGUAUAGUUGCCUAGAAUUUCACAGUACAGAACUAGGCACCCUAGAUCCGAUCUCAUAAAUUUAUAUCCCCUUAAAUUUAGUACUUAGCUGAAGAAAAACAUACCUCGCUAGCACUUUCUAAAAAGCAAAAUAUGUAAGAUCUAACAGACUUUCUCAAUCUGAUGCCCUACAGAUGAGUUGAAAUGCAACUCCCUAAAUUCCCAGACCUGGAAGGUACCAGAAAGCUAGCUUAAAACAGAAAACAGAUGUUUAUCUUGAGAGCAUAUUGAUUUCACCUCUCUUAUCUUCCAAAAACUGGCAUGUGUCCCCUUUGUUAUAUUCCUUCUGUGGUCAAUGGGAAGAUACAAGAAUCAGAAGGCAGCUGUUCCCACACACACAGCCCUCAUUUUUUCCAUGCCGAAGAUGUUUUAACUGGGGAAAAUGAAAUAUCCUACCAACCACUGUGUUAGAGAAGUAGCAAAUCUGUUGUUGAUGCGACUUUGGAAGACAAGAGGGUAAUAGUAGGGUAAUGUUGGUGAUUUCCAGCUAGGGGGAAGGGGGGAAAUUCUGGGAAAGUAAAGAAGGUGGAAGUUCCUACUAAUUUAAAAGCCUUGCACUUCUAUCCUAGGGGAUCUGCUGUAUUUUCAACAUUUCUUCUGAAACAGGAACCAGGCUUUGCAAGCCUUAGAAACCCCAAUGUUAUGGAAAGAAGGGCACCAGUCACAGAUUAGAGCAGUCCUCACUUAAGAAGAGCCAUUCUCACUUAAAGAGUAAACAGGUGUGAAUUUUAGUGACAUAUAGUCUGAAUCAAUGAUACUAUAUAUUUAUUGUGUAUGGUAUGGAGCCACUGGCUGCAAAUACAAUGAUUAACUGCAUAGCUCCAAUCUGAGUGGCCAUUCAGUUGUUUUCAAAAUUUGCUAAAGGGUAUAACGAUGCACAGUUUGACUAUCACAGUAAAAGCAAAAUUCCCAGAAAAGAGCCAAUUAACAACAACAACAACAACAACAACAACAUUGUAUAUUUUAAGAAGAUACUUGGUUGAUACCUAGGACACUGGCAGCAACCUGUAUCAACCAUUAGCACCAGUCAGUGGUAUUUAUGAUACAUGUUUAAAUGUUCAGUUGACUGAGUUUUAUGUUUAAUGAAUAAAAGAAUAAUAAUAAUAAUUUAAAACUUCUUAGAGCUAAUGGUUAGAAAAUUGAAAAUUACAAUAGUGUACACUCAUUACACUUCAUUAAAACAGAAACAUAGAUUUCUAGAAAUAAAUUCAAAUGAAUCUAUGGCAUUCAUUUACUCAUUUCUAAGAUGACGCUGCAAUGUUCUUUAAAAGGACUAUCAGAAAAAGUCAUCAGGGUUGGAAAACACAUGGUUGUAAGACUUCAUUAAGGAUAUUUUUUGUUCGUUUUGCACACACUUAUACCUUUCCAUCUGUUUUUGAAUGAAUACUUUUCUAUUGAAAUAAGCAUGAGGUUUAUAUGAAUUUUAAGCCACUCAAAGUAUUAUUUUUCCUCACUUUAUAUCAUCAAAUAUGUCCAUCAGUGUUCAGAUAUCAGUUAUAGACAUGCUAAUAUAUCAGAAAUUGCUGUAUAAUCAUCCCACUGAUUGUGAGAGUUUAUACAAAAACAGAGAUAUCUUUGUGUUUAUUUUUAUUAGCUUUGGUGCAAGCUAUUUAGUGCAACCUAUUGCCACUGUCUCUAUGUAACAGGAAACUUUUAUACGGUUAUUAACUAAUUGUAUCUCAAUUUCACAAACUGAUAGAUUGACUGAGAAGACACUUUAUUAGAAUGCAUGGUAGAGAUGUAAAACUGUAUCAUCUAAUAAAAAUACUUUUGUCAAUCGGAUGAAGG